UCUAACAUCUCCUCUCAUCACAAGACAUACACACUAGUUAGCUAGUACAAUCUUGACUUGAACUUUAUUAGUAGUAUUUUUCUUCAAGAAAGAAAGAGAGAAAAGGAGUGAGUCAAUUGAGAAGGAAGGAAGGAAGCAAAUUAAUUAAAGAAAUAUGCCUUCAUCAUCAACAAUAAUAUCUUGUACUACAAGUGCAAGUGCUGCGGCAAGUAGUAGUGACCCGGGUCCAGUCACCAUAAUCUCAAAAUGCACCAUCUAUCCAGCAGCAACAAGAGAUUCAGAAAGGAGGUGUUUGUGUUUGCAACUCUCGGUGUCUGAUCUCCCAAUGCUUUCUUGCCAAUACAUUCAGAAAGGUGUUCUCCUCUCCCGACCUCCUCUCCCUUCCCACCAACUCAUCCCCCUUUUCAAGCUUUCCCUCUCUCGUACCCUUUCUCACUUCCGACCUCUCGCCGGCCGUCUCUCCACCGCCCCCGACGGCCUCGUCUCCAUCCUCUGCAACGAUUCCGGCGUCCAGUUCGUUCACGCCACCGCCACCCACCUCCACACCCGCCAAAUCCUCACCCUUCACUCCGACGUCCACCCUUGUUUCAAGACCUUCUUCGAAUUCGACAAGACUUUGAGCUACGCCGGCCACCACCGGCCCAUCGCGGCCGUGCAGGUCACCGAGAUCGCUGAUGGGGUUUUUAUUGGAUGUACUGUCAAUCAUGCUGUUGUUGACGGUACUUCCUUCUGGAACUUCUUUAAUACUUUUGCCGAGAUCACAAAAGGGUGUCAGAAAGUCACAAACCCGCCGGAUUUUAGCCGGGAAAACGUGUUCAUCUCUCCGGUUGUUUUGCCACUGCCCGCCGGCGGGCCUGCCGCCACGUUUUCAGGCGACGAGCCUCUGAGAGAGAGAAUCAUUCAUUUCAGUCGAGAAGCAAUCUUGAGGAUGAAAUUCAGAGCCAACAAUCCCUUGUGGAAUUCGGAUCUGGCGGGUGGUGAUUCAGGUUUAAAACCGAAAAGUGAGAUUUCGUCUUUCCAGUCAUUAUGUGCUCAACUAUGGCGUGCGGUGACGCGUGCGCGUAAGUUUGAUGAUGAGGUGGGGAAAACCACAACGUUUCGGAUGGCGGUGAAUUGUAGGCACAGAUUAGAACCAAAAGUGGACCCCCUGUAUUUUGGGAACUUGAUCCAAAGCAUCCCGACGGUGGCUUCGGUUGGGGCUUUAUUGUCACAUGACUUAUCAUGGGCAGCCAAUCAGCUUCACCAAAACGUCGUGGCGCAUGAUAACGCUACCGUGCGCCGCGGGGUCAAAGACUGGGAAAACAAUCCCAAGCUGUUCCCCUUGGGGAAUUUCGAUGGCGCCAUGAUCACCAUGGGGAGCUCCCCUCGGUUUCCAAUGUACAACAAUGAUUUCGGGUGGGGUCGGCCGAUGGCGGUUCGGAGCGGUAAGGCUAACAAGUUUGAUGGGAAGAUUUCGGCUUUUCCGGGGAGGGAUGGUGAUGGGAGUGUUGAUCUGGAGGUUGUUUUGGCUCCCGAAACAAUGGCGUCUCUUGAACGUGAUCAAGAAUUUAUGCAAUACGUUUCCAGCUGAUGGGUCCGAUUUUAAUUAGUUGUUGAUCAUCACCCACCGAUACACAAAUAUUGAUUUUCUAGCACACUACUACUCUUAUUAUUGUACUUACGUACGUACGUCUAAUUUAUUUUUGUUUUGAUCGAUUUGUAACAAGCAUCAGGCAUUGAGUACGUUUUCAAACUUGUAUAUGUUGUGUUUUCUUAUUCUUAUAAGAAAGAUAACAACUUUAAUUAA